AUGUUGACAAUCACUCUAGUUCGACACGGAAACACAAAUGCAAACAAUGAACGAUGGAUUCAAGGACAGCUGGACACUGAGCUUAACGAUAAUGGACUGAAGCAAGCAAAACAAUGUGGUGAACGCUUAAAAGACGAACGAUUUGACCACGUUUACUGUAGUGACUUGAAGCGUUGCAGACAGACAGCAAGUGAAAUCCUUGCUUUUCAUGAAUCUCUUACGAUUGAGUAUCGCCCAGGUCUAAGAGAAGCUGACUUUGGAAAACUAUCAGGCUUGCCCAUCAAGGCCUUGAGUCAUGAAGCUGCACGGCUAAAGGUCUCGUAUGAUCAAGCGGUUGCUGUACACGGAGGGGAAACCCGGAUGACUUUUGAAAAUAGAAUUAUUCAAGCAUUUGAGACAAUCGUACAGGACGCAAAGGAAAAGGGAUAUACAUCUAUUCUGAUAGUCACUCAUGGCGGUCCUCUGCGUUGCUUGGCUGCAUAUUGGGAGCAGCAAGAGUAUCAAGUGGUGGACACGUCCAUAAGAAUAUCAACCGUGCCUCAUGGAAACACGGCUGUGACAAAAAUAACUAUAGAUGAUCAUGGGAAGGGCUUUAUCUAUGAGUUUAAUGAUAGCAGUCAUUUAGAUGCGCAGAAUGCAGCAAAUGAUCCUCCUCCUGCUGUAUAA